GAUGAUCCCCUAUUGUCGUGGCUCAAAUUCAGUAUGUAGAGGUUUAUCAAAAUUGCUCGAUCUUUCUCAAGUUAUCGUUGAACCUGGUUUUUGUAAAUGUCCGAAAUGUUUCGGCAAUUGGACUACUGAAAGACCGUCAAGAUCAACGAUUACUUGUCAGCAUCACGAGUUUCCUGAUCGAAUGAUUCAGUACAAAUUCUGCAGCGAGGUAUUAUCAGAAGUCACAUGUUCUGCCAAGGAGAAAUUAGCUUUAGUCCUGGCAGCUAAUAAGCAGGGAGAAUAUUGGUUACCGUAUUUGAAGGAAUCAAAAUGUUUGUGUCCAAGCUCAUAUUUUAUGACGGGCUGGCGUCAAGAAAAGAUCCAUAAUUUAUGGUUAUAUUCUUUCGGGUGUGAAAGAAGGCACUGUGCCAGAUCGUCCUCCCCCUGUGUUCAAAGAUAUUUGGAUAGGGGUCAUUCCCAUACUGUUGGAUACGAAUUUUUGUGCACAUGCCCGAAUAAUUUCAGAUGUCCCGUUAUACAUACUGAAACGCAAGCUUAUAACGUUGAUGGAGAGGACGAACGUGGUCCUUAUUUACUCGAUCGCUGUAGGCCUAUUAAUCAGAUUGACGAUUAG